AUAUCGUUUAUUAAUAUUUUUAUUGUUUUUCGCACGGUACAAAACGAUCAGUCAUAUUUCUACUCAUCAAUGUACUAAUCAUAAUGGUUCCACAGCGAAGCGAAUGUUUUGUCGUUAGUAGCUCCUGAGCCACCGUAACGAGAGGAGAGGUUAGGUCUUUCUCUCUCCUAUCAUCAUUUUGUAUAAACUAUUGAAAAAGAACAAAAACGUUUCUCAUUUUUAAAUGUUCUAUUCUCUCUUCUCAAAGUGUUAAUUCCUCCGGAAAGUUAUCGAUCGUAUUUGAAAUAUAAAUUACACAUAAGUAUAUAAUCCUUGGAAAAAAGUCUUCUACAUUAUUACAUACGCUUUGACAUUUGAAGCAACGUACUGUGAGAAGAUGAAAUUUAAAUAAGAUGGAUCGUUGUUUAAAACUGUUGUGAUGAUUGAAAAUCAUGAGAUCAAAAGGUGAUAAUGAAUACACGCGGAAACCUUGAACGGCGAACGUGUAAUGCGAAACAAUAUGCAUGAUCUAAUAAGACGGAGCAAAGAGGUGACUACGCGAGAAAUGCAAUGAGAAAUCGAGUAGACGUCAACGGCGACACAAAUUUCAGGAUCUUCGCUUCGCCCUUUUUUUGUCAUGCAACAACUACAGUACAAUGAGAAACGGGACGAUUACAACGCGUGCUGAUGUUUACGCAGAAGAAAUUCCAUGCACAUCUGAUAGGAGCGGAUGCAAAAGCGGCAACGGAUCCCUUUAGAAGAAAUAAAAGUUUUAAAAAAUUUUGAAUAUAAUGCUGUCAGAAUUAAACGUGCAAGUGUUAUCAUGUCCAGCGAUUCACCUCCGCCGCUUCACACUUCUAUAUCUUUGGUAGACUACGACGUACCAGAUGAAGCACGUCCUGGUAAAAUCACACCGACCACACCUACUACUCCGGUGACGAAUGAACUAUUGAAUACCGACCCCGAUACCGAGAUGAUUGAGAAUGCAGUACCAAUCGCGCAGACGGUUUUGCCGGUCCCUCAGCCACAGCCGAAAAUCGAAAGGAAUGGAAUCGAUGCGGAGAAAAAGAAACCGGUCACUCAACCUGAAAACGACUCCUGUGUUGUAGAUUGUAUAUACUUCACACAACAAUGUUGUGAAUGUGUGAUACUUUAACGGUCAGAGCUCGUCACUCGUAGAGAAUAACCAUUUAAAUAGUUAUUUGUAUGAUUUCUUGACUGCGAUCGACGAUUUAAGUCUUGAAAUGCUGGACCUGAGUCAGUCCAUUGGCGUAAAGUAGAAGGGGACCAGCUUGGCCUUAAAUUAUAAACUGGUCUUCCACAUAAAAAUUCAGGGACAUGGAGAGUGUAGAAAAGUUAAAAAUUUCUACAUUUUAAAAUUCUUAAAUUGAGAUAUUUUAUUAUUUAAAUUUAUAACUUACAAAUGUCCACAUUCCCAAAUUUGUAUAUUUCUAAAUUUCGAAAUGCUAUGUAGUCAUUAAUGGUAUAGAGCCGUUGGCUAUGAUUAGUAAUAAAGAUAGAAGACCUAGCCCAGCACAGAAAAAUAUUCAUUGGUAUUUCGAUUGAUGUUAAAAAUAUUAGUCUUUAUUUGAAAGAGUUUCAAACACUAAACAGUACUAUUUGAAAUUACAUUUAAAUCGUCAUCUCAGGAUAUACUAAGUUAUAGUAUCUUUGAAUCUCAGUUAUUGAAAUUACUAAAAAGAUCGUGCUUUGGCUGUUAACUGAGCAAAAAAUUAAUAUGGCAUUCGUCCAUCGUAGUUUUUAUACUCUUCAAAAUCAGCGAGAUCUGAAAUGUAUACGAUAGAAUAUAUUUUGGUAAUUUAGCUUUCCGAGAUGUUUGAGAAAAUCAAUAUACUUUUUAUAGUAAGAGAUUUAUUUAUUAUAGAAAAUCUAAUACAGUGUAUGAAGUUAAGAAUCUCACUCAUUAUAAUAGCAGACAUUAAUGUCUUUGACUGUUAAACUUCAUUCCAAUGUUUCUAUUAUAUUUAUACAUAAAAAUCGUAUUUUUAUUUAAUUUUAGAUAAGCUAGAAUUAUAUUGCGGAAAGUAAAUUUAAAUUUUUGCAUGUUAACCUUCUCAUGCAUCUCUACUUUUAAAUAGCGGUAUCACGAUGUACGUGACAAAUAUUUGUACUGAGAGGUAUGUACUAAUAUACAUACAGUUUUCCAAGAGUAUAAGAAGCGGUAUUUUUGAAAAAAAUAUUAAAAAUUUUUUGUAACGUAAAUACAAUAAAUGCUUUAUUCGAAUAUCAUUUUUAAGUAUAUAAAUGAUACAAAAUUUGUAUUUAAAAUUAAUACAUAAUGAGCAAACUGUACAUAACAAUGAUAGUCUAGAUGAACAGGUUAAGAAAAUUUGAAGUUACAUAUACAUCAAUUACGAUUGUUACAUUUUAACAAUUGUAUAAAUGCAAAAGAAAAUAAUCGAAUUAUUUUGAGUAUACAACAUUAAAAGUGAUAUAUUGUAAAUAUUUUUCGAAGUAAUAUCUAAUUAAAGGCGCUGCCAUGACUUCUCGAAAUCCAUGUCAAUUAAUAAGUAAGAGGCUUAGUCACGCUUAUGCAAAGUUUAUUUUUAUAACUAGCUAACAAAACCAACAAAUAAAUCUUGAUAUUUCACAGAAGCUGAUGAUUAGAAUUCAUAAAAAUUGAUCUUCAAAUUAUUAAAGUGCAAUUUAAUAAUUUACUAAUAGUAUAUAAUCUAUUUAACUAUAUAGUUUAAUUGAAUGAGCUACUUGCACUAUUUAUACUUCUUCAAUAACCUAUGCUUAUAAUAUGAAACAAAAUUUGACGGUUAUUUUUUUUUACAUAGGACGACUAUUUCAACAAUUAUAUUCGCGUACUAAAAUCUACAUUACAAUAUUUAUUAUACACAAACAUCGUGUGAAUAUUU